AAACAGACACGGAUUCACAAAUAAAGAAGAGAAAAAGGAAGAUAAAAGCGUAAAAUGUCCAAGUGUUUGUGUGUUGGAGUGUGUUUUGUGGUCCAUUGCUUUACCUCCCUUCUCUUUUCCCUCUUUAAAACUCCUCCUUCCCCUUUAUUUUUUCUUCUACAAUUCUUCCACCUCUCAUAUCCCUUUUGGAAUCUUCUCUUCUCAUCUGCUCUUUGUGGAUUCUUUUAUGGAUGUUGGUAAAAUUGAAACAACAAUUCAUCAUCAUCAGAAACACAGGGAGAGAGUGAUGGAGAAUGAGAGGGUGAAGAAGGAGGAUGAAGAUGGAGAAUAUGAUGACGACAAGAAGAGGAAGGGUAUAGUAAUUGGUGGUGGUGGUUCCGGUAAGAAGGCGGCGGGCGGUAGCGGCGGGAUGCGGUGUUGUCAAGCUGAGAAGUGUGUGGCUGAUCUUAAUGAAGCUAAACCAUACCAUAGGAGGCAUAAGGUUUGUGAAGUUCAUGCCAAAUCUCAGGUUGUGCUUGUGGGUGGGUUCAAACAGAGAUUUUGUCAGCAAUGUAGCAGAUUUCAUGAGCUAUCAGAAUUCGACGAAGCGAAAAGGAGUUGUCGGAGACGUCUGGCUGGCCACAACGAGCGUCGAAGGAAGAUCUCAGCUGAGUCUAAUGCCGAAUGCUCAAUCCGGAAAGGGACUGGAACACAGAUGAAGGACAGUGUCUGUGGUCAGGUUGAUGAUAAGGGAAGAAUUCAAAUGACCAUUCAAGAAAAUGCUUCAUAUAAACACUUCCAGAUCAGAUAAGUUAUGAACAAACAUAUAGCUAUCUAUCUGCUCAUGCUCUCUCUCUUCUGUCAGGUCUAGGGAUGUUUAUGAAUAUCAGGGAGGUCUGUGCAAGAUCAAGAAAGAAGUGCCUUGUUAGAGGAUUUAUCCAUUAAGCUCAAGAAUAUUAUUGCCAAACUUUGAUCAUUAUCUGUCAUAAAAAAGUGUAAAGAUCUGGUUCAUCAGAAAAUCAGAUUGAUCUUGUUUCUGGUUCUGCCUGCCUUAUGAAUAACACAACCACAAAAUCAUAUUUGUCAA